AACACAGGAGGAUAUGUCUGGAUGAUGAUACAAAGAAGAAUGGACGGUUCUUUCAAUUUCUUUAGAGGAUGGAUAGAAUACAAAAAUGGGUUUGGUGAUCUCCAUUCCGAAUUCUGGAUCGGGCUUGACAACAUCCAUCUGCUCGUAAUAAAUGGCUUUACAAUUCUACGUGUCGAAUUAGAAGAAGGAAAUGAGACUGCUUUUGCGGAGUAUAGUAGUUUCUAUGUAGCUGGAGAGGAAGACAAAUAUAGAAUACACGUUUCUGGAUACAGCGGAACAGCAGGUGACGGCAUUUCAUGUGCAGGUCUUUAUUGCAACAACGAUGCACAGUUUUCAACAUAUGACAAUGAUAAUGACUUGUAUCAUUUGGCGAAUCAUGCUAUAUUAUGGAAAGGAGCUUGGUGGUAUAACAAAGGACACAGGUCUAACUUAAAUGGAGAGUAUGGUAACAACAAACAUGGUCAGGGCGUAAACUGGUAUCCUUUCAAAGGAAAUGAAAACUCUCUGACAGGCACCAGGAUCAUGCUUCGUCGACCUUAA